AUGAGUGUCGAAUCGUCAAAACCGAUUCGAAGUAGUGAAGAAGGACUUCAAUCUCAAGACCUAUCAAUCAGAAGUCCAACGAGGCGAGUCUUACCACCUAAAAAAUCUCUUGCUCUCAAGUUAUGGGACUUAUUACAACCACUAGCGAGAUUAUGGGGACUUGUUACUGCUGUUGUUCUAAGCGGAGCUGGCGCAGAACUAAUGGUUCUUGGUUACGAAGUUGCUCCGGGAUUUCUAGUUGGCGCUGCAUUAGUUUUCCUCUUGGAAACAAUGUGGGUGGUGGCGCUUUUCGUGGAUCUUUUGUGCCGGCGGGGAGAAUACACACACUCGCUGCGCUGCUGGGACUUAAUGCGAUGGUCAUGCGGUAGAGCCCGGGCACCAUUUUAUGCGUGCGCUGCCACCGCCAUCUUGUUUGCUAACCUAACGCUUUUAGCUGCUGUUGCAGGUGGCUUGUUACUUGGGUUAGCUGCUUUGCGUGCUGCGGUACCGUUUUCACCUUAUGCUAGUCAUGGACCACACUCACCCAGAGCUGGUAGCUCGUUGCUAAGUCAGUACGACUCGCCUCUGCCAGAUGUUUUCUAUAACGCCGCGCAUUCCAAUGAUGACAGAUGCGAAGAAAUGACUGUUCUGAAAGAAAAUACUCCGGAAAAAUCGCGAUCAGUCACGCCGAAACCGCCUCUCCUUGAACUCUGA